AACUACCGCCUGAGCCACGGCGACAGCCGGAGCCGCCCGUUGACCUUCAAAGAAGCCGGGAGCCUUCGGCGAUUCCCCCUGGACCUCACCCUUCCCUUCUCCCCGCCAUGGCUUCCUUUGAAAUGAGGGAGUUUGUGCAGCAGCAUUGCACUGGCCUCUGUGUGCUGACUUUUACAGGUGUCGGGCUCAUUCUUCUGCGGCGCUGGAUGACUGGUGGGGUUUGCAGGAGCAGAGUGAGACUCGAUGGAAAAACUGUGAUUGUCACUGGCGCUAACGUUGGGAUUGGAAAGGAGACGGCUAAGGACAUUGCUCGGAGAGGGGCUCGUGUGAUUCUGGCUUGCCGGGAUUUGGAAAAGGCUGAAAAGGCAGCAGCCAAGAUCCGGGAAGAGACAGGGAAUGGGAACGUCCUGAUUCGCAAACUGGAUUUGGCCUCACUGAAGUCUGUCCGUGCUUUUGCUAAAGAAAUCCAGGAUACCGAGACUCAAUUGGAUGUUCUCAUCAACAAUGCAGGUAUCAUGUGGUGCCCCAAGUGGAAGACCGAGGAUGGCUUUGAGAUGCAGUUUGGAGUUAACCAUCUGGGUCACUUCCUGUUGACCAACCUUCUGCUGGACCUGCUGAAGAAGUCCGCCCCCAGUCGGAUAGUUAACGUGGCCAGCUUAGCACAUAAAAGAGGUAAAAUUAACUUUGACGAUAUUAAUCUGGACCAGAAGUAUGAUUCUGUUGUCAGCUACAGCCAGAGCAAACUGGCUAAUGUCCUCUUCACCAGAGAGCUUGCAAAGCGAUUGGUAGGCACUGGAGUGACCGCUAACAGUCUUCACCCUGGACUGGUCAUGACUGACCUGGGACGUCAUGUUCUUCCCACCAUUUCCCUGUUGCUGAAGAUUGCCAUGACCCCGUUGGCUCUCUUUAUGUUCAAAAACUCCUGGCAGGGAGCACAGACCAACAUUCACUGCGCCGUCGCUGAGGAACUGAAGCACACAACCGGCCUCUACUUCAGCGACUGCGCCCCGAAAGAGCCCGCUCCCCAGGCGAAGGAUGGUGAAGUGGCUCGCAGGCUGUGGGACCUGAGUGCACAGAUGGUGGGACUCGAUAAAUAGGCCGCUGACUGCAUCACGUUCCCAGACUGUGGAAGUGUUAAUUCUCUCAAUCUGGCCUUGUUGUUUUCUUUUUUUGCUGAGAUCGGUGAAACGUAAUCAGCUCCAGAGGCAACCCUAUUGCCAGUGAUGCACAAGAUGACUUUAGUUUGCUUAGGCUUACAUUUAUUUACCUCCCUCACUCAUCCAUAUCAUUCUUUUUUUUUGAAAGUCCAUGUACAAAUCACUUGCUUACACACUCAGCCACUGCAGCUCUAGAGCUUGGAUGUGCCAGAUCUGUAAGGGAAGCCAGGGGCAACAACAGACUUAACUCGGACAGACGCAUGUGGCAGAAAGUUCCCUGUCUUUGCUGGGUCCCUUGACUUGAGAUUUGAAGAUGUUGCAAGGAUUGGUGCCUUGUUUCACCUCUUCCUAAGGCUCUAUUAUUGUCUGCUUUAAAUGCUGUUUUUUUUAAAAAAAUUUCUUUUGGCUGUUGCGUUUCAACAA